UUACGGUGUAUACGCAGUCCGCAGAACUUGGACUGUACUCGCGAAAGAACUCGAAGGAAAGUGACGUCUUUGAGAAAUAUAAACAAAUAACCGACUGUGGCCUCUUUUCGUAUUUUUUUGCUAAAUUAACAUUUUUUUCCCGUGCCUUCAAAAAGCCCUGAUCUGUUUUGUUCGGAAUAAGAAGUAGGUCAAGCUAUUAAUUAAAAAUAAGGGAAAAAAUAAGAGUGUCGAAUCCAAACAUGGACGACGAUGAUCAGUAUCAAAAUGGAUAUGAUGUUGGUUCGUUUCCUAAAGAUUUUGGAUAUACAACUUUUGACGGGGAAGGGGAUGGAUCUGUGGGGCCAUUACCAGGGGAACAAAAACCAAGGAUACUCUUAAUGGGUCUUAGGAGAAGCGGAAAGUCGUCUAUACAAAAAGUUGUUUUUCAUAAGAUGUCUCCAAAUGAGACGUUAUUUUUGGAAAGUACAAAUAAAAUUAUUAAAGAUGAUAUUAGUAACUCCAGUUUUGUACAAUUUCAAAUUUGGGACUUUCCGGGUCAAAUAGAUUUCUUUGACCCAACAUUUGAUAGCGAUAUGAUUUUUGGUGGCUGUGGAGCACUGGUUUUUGUCAUUGAUGCACAAGAUGAUUAUAUGGAUGCCUUAAAUAAAUUACAUAUGACGGUGACAAAAGCAUAUAAAGUCAAUCAAACUAUAAAAUUUGAAGUUUUCAUUCACAAGGUGGAUGGUCUUUCUGAUGACUAUAAAAUGGAAACACAGAGAGAUAUUCACACUAGAGCAAACGAUGACUUAGCUGAUUCCGGAUAUGAUCAGAUACAUUUGAGUUUUCAUUUAACAUCAAUCUAUGACCAUAGUAUAUUUGAAGCAUUUAGCAAAGUUGUACAGAAGUUAAUACCACAAUUACCAACAUUGGAGAAUUUAUUAAAUAUAUUAAUAUCGAAUUCAGCAAUUGAAAAGGCAUUUUUGUUUGAUGUGGUAUCAAAGAUAUACAUUGCAACCGAUAGUUCUCCCGUUGAUAUGCAGAGUUACGAGCUUUGUUGUGACAUGAUAGAUGUUGUCAUAGAUGUCUCCUGUAUUUAUGGCUUAAGAGAUGAUUUAGAAGCAGCAGCAUUUGACAAUCAAAGUUCUAGUUUAAUAAAAUUGAAUAAUGGUACCAUUCUUUACUUACGGGAGGUGAACAAGUUCCUAGCUCUUGUUUGCAUUCUUCGCGAAGACAAUUUUGAUCGACAAGGAGUAAUAGACUACAAUUUCUUAUGCUUUCGUAAAGCAAUACAACAGGUUUUUGAAUUACGCAACAAAGUUUUAGCUGCAGCCAGUGCUAAUAAUCAUUCGACGUUACCAGUUACCGAGAACGAAACAUCCACAAAUGUUCCAGUUACACAACCUGGAACUCAUGGUCAGAAUGGGACGAUUGUGCUUGCUCAAAGUUAAGUAGGGCAGGUAUUUCUUUAAAAUUGAUAUAGAAAUAUAGUGCAAACCUUUCCGUUACCUUGAUACUAAUUUAUUAAUGUAAUAUCUUUGUUAACUGUGAUCAUGUUCUUUUUUCCUGUAUGCAACAUGUUGCUUUGUAUGAAUUUUCUAUGAAAGCGUGAAUGAAGAUUCUAUUGUACAAUUAUAACAUUCAAAUUCUUGAUCACAUAUGUAUAAAAACUGAAGAAUAUAAGUAGUAAAUAGUACCACAUUCAUUAUAAUGAGCUCAAUACGCCGAAUAUGCGAUAGAUGCCAAAAUCGCUGCUUUUUACAUUGUAUAUUGCAAUAUUAUCAUUAAAACAUACAUUAAGUGUAUAUACAUGUAUGUUAUUAGAUCUGCAAGAUUGAAUUCUUUUGCAUGAUUAAAAAAUUUCAAUUCUGCAGAAGAAUUUUAUUGCGCGUACAUAAAAUGUCAUAUCAAUUGCAGUGUAUCGUGGUAAUAUAAAGGUGUAAUAUAAAAAUUAUGAAUUAUGUUAAUAUCGAUGAUAGUGUAUUCUAUUAUUAUUUACAUUUUAUAUCACAAAUGAUGAAGCCAUAUCCAUGUGAAGCAUAAAUGAGAAUAAAUCAUUCAAAUACAAAAA